AGCAUCAUGGGCCAUCCUGCAGAAGCCCACUGAAGCACUGAGGAAGAGCUGAUGACCUUUGUUGUGCAAGAGCGCAGCCAUCACACGGUGUACUCGCCCCCGGACCAGGUCUUUGUCGCACUCCAGAUCUGAAGCCACCUAUGACCAGAGCAUCACACAGGAAUCCAGAGUAAAGGCAACAGUUUAUUGUAAAACACAUAAAAGAUAUAUAGUAAAAAGCAGGAAUAAGGAAAGAAAGAGUAAAAUCAAAAAAGUCAGCAAUCAAUGUCUCUUGUAAAUCCAAAAGCAGUGUAGUUCAAGCACAAUCCCAAAAUCCAAAAGCAACUUGAAUCCAUAAGCAAAACCUGAGCAUGGAAAAACACUCAGAACACUUCAUUCCCAAAACCAAGACAAGAACCUGAGAGCCCAGGCCUGACUGUAAUUGAAAAGCCACAUUGCCUGAACUGAAGAGCAAAGAGCCCACAGUUCCUAAUAUACAGACAUGAAAGCAUUAUGACUCCCUUGGAACUUUGGCUUCCCACUGAGGCAUGUUGAAAGGCAUGUUGACCUCCGAAACUGGCUAUCUGCUUGAAUUUGUAGGCGAGCCUCCUGACUUAGGUCAAUGUCACCAGGCGUGUUCCCAUGAGAAUUUCUCAUCAAUUUGUCUUCACUAGGCUCCUUAUCUGGAGAGGAUGAUUCCAACCCCUGUGAAUGGCUUUGAAGGCCUGGAGGAUCAGAGGCAAUUAUAUUCUCAGGUCUAUCUGUGCCUGUGUCUAAAGUAGUUUGACUUUCUGGCUCUGCAUGAGAAUGGCCUUCUGCAAGAGAAUUAAUCCCAGGAAAGCCCACAAUCCCAUCUGACUCUAAAUCAACAGUGUACCCACCAGCCCCUGCCUGCUGUGGCUGAGCUACAACAGUCUUCAUGUGAGCCCAGCUAUGCAACUUCCGUGAUGUGAAAGUGACUUAGUCAUACAAAACUUAUCAGUUCUAACAUCGCAUUCACUCAUAUCUCAUCCCUCUAUCUAUUCCCUUCCCCUGCACUCCCCCAUUUGUAAUACUGGAAUAAUAGGGCUUAUCUCCAUUACAGGGGUUUUGUAAGGAUUACUGAGAUAAUGCAUGCAAGCCAAUACGAAGAAAAUGAUAUAGAUCCCAAAUAUCUUCAUGUCUAUGGUUCUAAAUGAGCAACAGAUGCCAGAUGAAUGCACAAUACAUUGUUCAGAAUUCAACUGAAAAACAAUCCCAGUUGACGUGAAUGAUGGACAUAAAAAUAUACAAGACUUACAAUGGAAAAAAAUUAUAUGCAACUUCAGUAGUGCCUGAAAGAAAAAAGAAAAAAACAAGCAAUAAGCUAUUUGUAAAUAUUUAUAAUGUGUGAAAUCCAGCAUGGAUUCUUUCUUUGAGUAAAUAAAAAUAUGACAUGGAACAGAUAACCACAAAUCAGGUUGCAAGAUAAUGCCUGGAAAAACAUUCAUAAAAAGAUUGUCCCCAUGACUACUGGUCUCUCCUCCCAGCUGCCUCCUCAUUGGUUUUUUCUCUCCUCUUAGAACCUGGAAUUUGCCUUAUUUCGUAGUUACUCUCUCAGAAGCAGUUCUUUCUUCACCAUGGUAGUUUCAGUUCCCAGUGGAAAUCUCCACUGGUCAGUUUGCUUUAGAAGGUAGAGAAAUGAAGAGGAUUUCCUUCUGUUGCUUUCGCUAAUGUCUUUCUGAGCCCUUUGGAUGAAGACAUGCACUUGCUGAUUUUGUUAAUAUUUAGUAUGAAAGGGGAAAGAAGACCAGUCAAAUCAAAGGAGAAGUUGUAUCUGAAAUUUCCUCAAAGGACACUGACUGUGAGAAGUGAAGACUGAUAGCUCCUGGCCUAUAUUUCAGUGUCACUUCAUCAAUGGACCACGGGGUAUUUCGUGAUGGAUAAAGUCAUCUAAGAGGCCACAAUGGAUCCAACAGCUGGAAACAGCAGUCAUUCCCUGUUUUUCCACUUUGAGACCUGCCAGCCAUCUUUUCCUGCAGUCUUCUUGCUCAUCACAGCUUAUGCCAUUGUCACACUAGUAGGACUUCUUGGCAAUUUCUGCCUGAUUGUUAUCAUUGGGAAACAGAAAGAAAGCCAAAAUGUCACCAAUAUUUUGAUUGCCAACCUCUCUGUGUCUGAUAUUCUCAUCUGUGUCAUGUGCAUUCCUUUCACUGCUGCAUACACUUUGAUGGAUUACUGGGUUUUUGGAGAAGCCAUGUGUAAAAUGAAUAACUUUGUACAAAGCAUGUCUGUCACUGUCUCUACAUUCUCACUUGUACUAAUUGCCAUUGAGAGGUAUCAAUUAAUAGUGAACCCACGGGGUUGGAAGCCCAAAAUUGCACAUGCCUUCUGGGGCAUUGUCUUCAUCUGGGCAUUUUCUAUAAUAAUAUCAACACCAUUUUUUAUAUUCCACCAAAUCGCUGAUUAUCCCCUCAGUAACCACAGUGAUAUCUAUAUGAACAAAGUUGUCUGCAUUGAGAUGUGGCCUUCUGUUGAAGAACGGCAAGGCUAUACAACAACUAUGUUAGUUUGCCAGUACUUCUUCCCACUAGGUUUCAUUUUCAUCUGUUACUUGAAGAUAUUUGUGUGCCUUCAGAAAAGGUAUGGGAAAGUGGAUAACAUAAAGGAGAAUGAGAACAGACUUAAUGAAAGCAAAAGGAUUAAUGCUAUGUUGAUUUCAAUUGUUGUGACCUUUGGAGCAUGUUGGUUACCUUUGAACGUAUUUAACAUUAUGUUUGACUGGAACUAUGAGGCCCUAAUUAGUUGCCAUCACAAUGUGAUAUUUAUUUUGUGCCAUUUGGUAGCCAUGAUCUCCACUUGUGUCAAUCCAUUUUUCUAUGGAUUUCUCAACAAGAAUUUUCAGAAGGAUUUGGUCAUUCUGUUUCACAACUUCAAAUGUUUUGAAUCUCAAGAAUUAUAUGAAAACAUUGCUCUUUCAACUGUUAACACUGAUGUGUCAAAAGUAUCCAUGAAACUGAACAAUAUGCCUGCAAAUAUCUGAAACAGAGAGCUUUCCAACCAUGUAUGUAUCUUUGUACUGACUAUUGUAUCACCAAAUUAUUCUUGUGUGGAAUUGUGAUGUUCAUGGUUCUAGUGUCUAUGAAGUGAAAGGAACUUCUCCUUAUGUACUGCAGUGAGAAUGGAAGCAUAUGUGAAGCCUAACAUAUUUUUCAGAUUAAUAAAACAUGUUCAUAGUUUAUUAAAGCCGGUGGUUUAAAGUU